AUGUCGCGCAUCUCCUCGUUCAAACGCGAAUGGGAUGAAGAAAAGCCAGCUGAAUUGACGAAACCUGAAAAAUCAGGAAGGAGUGAGAUGAUAACCACCGCUCAGUCGUCUGCCAAUGGAACAGCGCCACGUGCAGGGGGAGGAGGAAAGUCGAGAUUUGCGACAAUCAUGGCGGCUCUGCAGCAGGGAUCAGACGGCAACAAGGCCAGCGGCAAAAUGACACCCUCAUCAUCUACUCCAUCUUCUUUGUCUCUAUCUCAGGAGUCUACUGCUGCAUGGGUCAACUCAAUAUCGGAAACCUCGAACACCCAAACCAGUAGUACAGCCACUCUCACAGCUUCUGGGGCAUCGGGAAAGCGAAAUCGCGAUUCGAUGGAAGAGGACGAUGAGUCGGCCAAGAAGCGGAGGUCUAGUCGAGAAAGAUAUUCAAAACAAACAAAUCUCACAGUCAUGGAGAAGGCGGUCACUGGGUCUGCGACUGGUACAGAAAAGGUCGUUAUCACGCUCAGCUACGAACAAUCUCAAAUUUUGGACCUUGUCAAAAAGGGCAGCAACAUUUUCUUCACUGGUUCUGCCGGAACUGGCAAAUCGGUAUUGCUUCGUGAAGUUAUUAAGGCGUUGCGAAAAAAGCAUGGUAAAGCACAGGACGCCGUUGCGAUUACGGCUUCAACGGGUAUCGCUGCAUGCAACAUUGGAGGCGUUACUUUACAUUCGUUCAGUGGUAUAGGAAUCGGCGAGGGAACGCCUGAACAUUUGGCUAUGAAAGUUAGGAAGAAUAGAAAUGCCCUUUCGAGAUGGCUGAGGUGCAAGGUCCUUAUUAUUGAUGAAGUGUCGAUGUUGGAUGGUGACCUGUUUGAUCGCCUCGCCAAGGUUGCGUGCAUAGUCAGGAAAAUCCCUAAACCUUUUGGAGGCAUACAGCUCAUUGUUACCGGCGACUUUUUCCAAUUGCCCCCAGUAAUGAAAGGAGGACAGCCCAAGUUUGCUUUCGAGGCUGAAAAAUGGACCGAAUGCGUCGAGCGAACAUUCAAUUUGAGCAAAGUCUUUCGUCAAAAGGAUCCUCGCUUUGUUGACAUGCUCAACGAAAUGCGUUUCGGACGGUUGACGCCUUCAUCCAUAAGGACCUUUUAUGAGCUUUCUCGCUCUAUCCCAGAUGAUGGGAUUCAAGCUACAGAAUUGUUUCCCCGGCGAGAGGAUGUGGAUCGAUCGAAUAAUUCUCGCAUGGCUGCACUCCCCGGCAAAGAAGAAUCGUUUCCCGCGCGCGAUGCGGGCACGAUCACCGACCCAUUACAGCGCGACAAGAUGCUCCAAAACUUUAUGGCGCCCAAAGAAUUGUCGCUCAAGGUCAACGCUCAGGUCAUGUUACUCAAGAACAUUGACGAAACGCUCGUGAACGGAUCCGUCGGUCGAAUCAUCGGGUUCUACGAUGCAACCGAAGUCGACGUCGGAGAAAAGGGCGAGUUGAUUGCCUUUUAUGCCCCCGAAGAGAAGAAAAAGAACGCAAAAAAACAAAAGGAGCAACCGCAAACGCUGAAAAAGUAUCCGUUGGUCGAAUUUAGGGUACCGCGCGGAACACGCAAGCUCCUGGUAAUGCCGGAAACCUUCAAGGUCGAACUACCGAACGGAGAGAUCCAAGUCAGCAGGACUCAGCUGCCGUUGAUUUUAUCUUGGGCAAUGUCGAUCCACAAGUCUCAAGGCCAAACCCUGGACAGGGUUAAAGUCGAUUGUGGCAGGAUCUUUGAAAAGGGGCAAGCGUAUGUCGCGCUCUCGCGAGCAACAUCACUAGAAGGACUUCAAGUGCUUAAUUUCGAUCCCAAAAAGGCAAGUUGA